UGUUUUGACAUCAGGAUAACAAAAUAUUUUCAUUUUCUCUGGCCAGACACUGAAGAACUUAGGAUUCACAGAGGACUUACCAAGUUACUUAGAAGAUAAAGCCAUAGCCCAUUGCUGGUGCAGGAGGAGGACAGCAUAAUGCAUUUUUUCUCAGACUUAAGAGCAUUUCCUCCUAUAACUCUAUAUGCAGACUAUUCUGAUGGUUAUUGUUUGGCUAAAUGACUGCAGUUUCCCAGAGCAUUAGAGAUACAACUCCCACCCGCUUUAUUGUACCAGCAGUGUCUCAGUAUAAGAAAAUGUUGAUUUCCUUUAUGCCAGCAUAUUUCUAAAGAAUGUUCAGCUGUUUCCUGCUGAAUUAAAAAAGAUUACAUGAAGGCAGUAAGCACUGUUUUUCAUUCUUCGGGAUAGAAUUUCAUGUCAAACAUAAUGCGCAUUCGUAAUUUAUCUGCCACCCCUCUUUUCUGACUUUUAUGAAGUGUUAUUCAUUCAUAUAAAUGAGUCGAAUAGCAUAAAGAGGCUUGCUUUCUCCUCAUAGGUGUUGCUUAGAUCAGUAAGUUGAACAAAGUAGCAAGCUUCUUUUGGAAGACCACUGGCAUGCUGUAAAAUCUGCUAAAGUAUGAUGGGUGUAUAACUAAAAACAAAGUCAGAUGCUGCACUGUAUCUUUAUUUUCUCUUUGUAUGCAGAAGUGCACAGUCUUCCUGAACUGCAGGAACUGCUAUAUGCAGUCAGAUAUUUGCAAGUGUGAACAUUAAGACAUGAGUUCAUGUGCUGUAUUAGUCUUCAGAAGACCAGUUAGAGAACUUCCAAGUACUUCACUAAUACCUACAGAAUAAAAGCAGGGCACAAAGUACCAAAGAUAUUAGCAACCAAGAAGAACUGAAGAAUUUCCAGCAUGAAUCAAGAUGAGGAAAGCAGUAUGCACUCAAUAUGGAAUAUUGUGAGGUCAGUAGUCUGUGUAAUACUGAGUUUGUCAUUUAUUAUUGGGACCCCUGGAAAUUGUAUCGUCAUCUGGACUGUUUGUACCAAAAUGAAGCAAGCAUCUCCUUCAGUCCUGCUGAUCUUGAACCUCGCCAUUGCAGAUGUCCUUGUACUGAUUACUUUACCAAUUUGGAUUUACUCCUUCGCUGACUCAUGGGUGUUUAGAGUCGUCAUCUGCAAAAUACUGGUUUUCAUUAUUUACUGCAUGUAUGCUAGUAUAUUUCUAAUUACAGCACUGAGCUUGGAGCGGUUAAGGGAAUUAACAAAACAAAAGAUUGUUUUAAUCAUGUUCCUCAUUUGGUUCCUAUCUAUUACUUUUGGCAUUUCUGUCAUUCCAUUUCAAGAGACAGAAGAAAUGAACGGUCAACUACUAUACACAUGACGCAACUACUCUUCUAAUGGACAGAAAGUGUCGUAUCUUUUGCUGGAGACUCUUGCAGAUUUUGUAAUCCCUUUUUUAAUUAUCUGCACUUGUUACAUGUGUGUUGCAAGAAUAAGCAGAAUUACUUAUCAAUCUAAGUGGCGAUCAGAGCGGCUCAUUGCCAGCAUUGCCAGCAUUGUGGUGGCAUGCUGGUUCCCUCAUCAUCUCUUUAACAUCCUAGAUGUUGUUUCAAUUCACAUAGAACUCUCUAAUAAGGAAAUGUCUUUGGCAUUGGAUGAAAUUGUAGACAGAGGAAUGUACAUCUCUGGAGCACUUGUAUUCAUCAGUAGCUGAAUUAACCCUCUACUUUAUGCUUUUGCUGCACGAAGAUUUCAGAAUCACCUGAGGUUUGUCAAGAUAGCAAAGCUGUUUGAACAGAUGAGUCAGACUGUAACAGAGGAAGACAAAAGAAAAAGUGUGGUUUUAACCAGGCAAGAAGAUGCUUUAGUAAGCGCAGAAAAUCUCUAACAAGGAUCAUAGAACCCUAAUGAAUGUGAUUCUGUGUCCUUCCCUCAGCAGUCAUUUCUCCUCAUACUCUCAGUUUCCUUUACUAAGCAGUCCAGGAAAAGCUAGAGAUAGGUAAAAGUUAUUGUGAUUUAUUUUGUGUGUUACAAAAGAAUUGGCAUUGACAACCUAGU